AUGAAAAAUUCUGUACCAAGAGGUGCUUACGAGGAGUAUACUACUAAUUACGAGGGAGUUGACAUAACUACAGUGAGCUGGAAGGAUAAUAAGCAGGUUGUUUUAGCAUCGACAUAUGUGGGCGCUGAACCAGCUGGAAAAGUAGAAAGAUAUGACAAAAAAGAAAAGAAAAGAAUUGACAUACCAUGUCCAAAGAUAAUAAAGGACUACAAUACCCAUAUGGGUGGGGUUGAUUUGAUGGACUCAUUUCUUGGCAGACAUCGGAUCCGAAUGAAAAGUCGCAAAUGGUACAUGAGAAUUUUUUAUCACCUUGUGGACUUAACAGUAAUCAACUCUUGGAUUCUGUAUAAAAAAGUCCACGAAGAAAAAGGCGUGCCAUCUGCCAAUGUUUUGAGUCUUGGAGAUUUCAGAUCUGAACUAGCUGAUAGUCUUUGUAAAUAUGUACCUCCAAGUCAAAGGGGUCUAACUUUUUUUCGUAAUUCUAAUAUGUUGUUCCAUUAA